UAUUGUCUCAUAUAAUGUUCAACAAAAUGACAGUUUAUUUAUUUCAGGUGUCAUUAUCAGAGAAUGAGGAUUCACAAGACUCUUCAGAUAGCAUAGACUCUUCCCAGAAAGCAAGAGGUCUCUUAGCACGCCGACCAUCUUACAGAAAAAUCUUGAACGAUCUUUCUUCUGAAGACACAAGGGAAAGGAAAGGAGAUGAGUCAAAUCCUGCUGUCACUUCAGUGCCUGUCACUACACCUGUUUAUCAGACCAGCACUGGUCAAUAUAUUGCCAUUGCCCCAAAUGGACCUUUACAGUUGAGUAGUCCAGGUGCGGAGAGUGUGCAGGGCUUGCCGACAUUUACAAAUGCUGCUGGGACUCCACUAUUACAGUAUGUGCAGACAUCUGACGGCCAGCAAAUACUUGUACCAAGUAACCAGGUAGUAGUGCAAACUGCAUCUGGGGAUAUGCAGACCUACCAGUUACGCAGGACACCAACCACCACUUCCCUUCCACAAACAGUUGUGAUGACAACGCCUGUGUCCUUGACAUCUCAGUCAACCAAAACAGACGAUCCCCAACUGAAACGAGAAAUAAGGUUGAUGAAAAAUAGAGAAGCAGCUCGAGAAUGCCGGAGAAAGAAGAAAGAAUAUGUUAAAUGUCUUGAAAAUCGAGUUGCUGUCCUCGAAAACCAGAACAAAACUCUAAUUGAAGAACUAAAAACUUUAAAAGAUCUUUAUUGCCAUAAAAGUGUGUAAGAAAAGAAGGGAGAGGCUUUUUUGUGAAAUUCAAGGGAAUUUGAUUUUUAAAACAUUAAAAUGAAAGGUCAAAAAUCUCUGUUCAAAUUCUACAAUUUAAAGACUCUUAAAAUAUUAUUUAGAAAUUGUUGCAUGGCAGAGUACCGAAAGAAAGCAUGAAAUUAUGUGAAGCAUUCCUCUGGCACAACUGGAAUCUUCAUUAAAUCAGGAUAUAUGGACAUGUACCUUCUGUCAAUCAAAUGAUUGAAUUUCAUGAGCUGUAUUUUAAUUUUAAACGCUUGUUAACUUUUAAUUGCAGUUAAAUUACAGAGAAGCUAAAACUGCCAUCAGUUGUAAAUGUCCAUUAACAUAUUUAAUCAGGAUAUAUUCACAUUUAUUCCUUAGCCCAUUGUAUUAGACCUCUUGACUGCAUGUAAAUUGACAAGCAAUGAACUCCACAUCUGCAAUGAGCAUUCACAUGUUUUGGUUUAUACAGAGUCCAUGAGCUCCAAAUCCAUGCAUUCAGAGUUCCCAGUUGUGUGAUUUCUGUUUACUUUUGUCAUGUCAGGGCACAAGGCCACCUCUGUAUUUUUUGUAUAUCUGGAAGAAGGCUUUUCAGUUUCAUAUACAUAUUUUUCCUUCAAACUGUAAAUUCUAACCUGCACUACUUCGUUGAGACCAUAUAUUUGGUUUCAAAGGUAGGCAAUUUAAUUUUUUUUAAUGUGCUGUUUAUCAUUAUUGAUAAAAGCAAUGGGUUCCUUUAGUUGGAGGCACAUGAAGACAUGAAGUAUAUAACGUAUCAUAGUUAUUCCAGUUUCUUGAUGUUUUAUACAACUGAACAAAUGCUACUGGAGAAUACCUUAACUUUUUGCAUGUGUAUUUAGUCAGCAGGUAGGAAAAGAUCUUUGAAAGAUUAGUUCAAGUGAACAUACAUCAUGUAUGUUCUUUGAAGAUCCUGUUGCCUGCAUACAGAGACUGAACAAAUGCAAAGACCCUUAGUUCUGCCCAUUUUAUACCACAAUGAAACUAAAAUUACAAACCAAAGAUAAUACACAGAGACAUUAACGUACCUAAUUUCAAGACUCUAUCUGUAAACCUGGUAGUAAUUUGUUAAAAUAAUUCUGAUUUUUAUAAAGAAGUAAUCCAGCUGAAAUUGAUCUCAGAUAUAUUUUUAUAGUUAAAAUAUUACCUUUUAUAUGGGUAUUUUAGAUAUGUAUACAAUUUCAGAAAGCAGAUAUUUUUCUCUCUCAGAUUGUCAACUUUAUAUUUGUAGAAAUAUUUAGGAAACUAAAGCCUAUUUCUAUGUACUUUCAUCUGGUACAGGUUAACAAAAAUAUUAAAGAAUAUUUUUUGGGGAAAAGGUUCCUAUUGUUCAUAGAAAAAUGCAUGGAUCUUUUCAGUAUAAAGAUGCUGUCAGGGAUAAUUAUGUUUCAUUGCUUUCUUAUUUUCAAGAAAUUUUUAAAGACUUAUUUUGACAUUUGAAUACCUAGUGAAUGUUAAGCCAACAAAAGUUGCCACAAUACUUAAUCAUUCCAAUGGUACCCUAUAAAAUUAUGUUAUUAAAUGCUUUUCAGUAAGUUGUUGAGGCCAAGAAUACGCUAUUAUGCUGGUGCACGUGUUUGAAAUUCUGGGCAAUUUUGAGAUUAUCAUGAUACAUCAUUCCAUAGGAAAUGCCAUGAAAUCAUUCCUUCUGCUACAAGUAGCCCCAUGCAUUAGAGAACAGAACAGCAGAAUAAUUUCCACACAGCCAUGGAUUUAUGCAGAAAAUUGUUAAUAAACUUUAAAAUGAAAACGUUGAUGCCUCUCUCUCCCAAAACUGUUGCCUUCCAAGAGCUAAAGAAGAAAAGUGGUUGUAUGGCUUCCUGCUGUUUGUGGGUAAACAAAACAAAAAAUGUGUAACCUGU